AUGGACGACAAUCCCAGAGCCACACUGCUGUCUACAGUACUCAGUAGAUCAAAUACAAAAUGUUGCACGUCGGAACUGCCUAGGGUUUUCUCUAAUUAAUUGGUGGGAUUAUUGAUAAUUGAAAUCGCUGAGAAUGAGAUCAGAAUGUGAAAGGAGUUUCGAUGGAUAUUAGUAGCAUUACAACCGAAACAUAAUGUUUCUUUCCUCAAGCAUGCAGCAGAUGAUCACUGCCGUGUAGGUCGGGCUGGCCUGGCCCGGCCGCGCCCGUUCAAUCUUCAACAGCUACCCGCUUCGCCGGCUGAAUGUGCUGCUGCUAAGUGGUGAACAAGAAAGUUUUGUUGACCAUGGAAUCAGCAUGCAGCAGAUGAUCACUGCCGUGUAGGUCGGGCUGGCCUGGCCCGGCCGCGCCCGUUCAAUCUUCAACAGCUACCCGCUUCGCCGGCUGAAUGUGCUGCUGCUAAGUGGUGAACAAGAAAGUUUUGUUGACCAUGGAAUCAGAUAUGCUGCAGGCUGUGCACUCUUUCCAGUGCCAAUUCUGUGAAGAGGUUUUUUCAUCCAGCAUUCAGAUGGCACAACACUGGCAAGACCACCAUCAGGAGGACCACAUAGAGCAGGAAACAUCAAUCUACCACCUCCUCCAGACAACGGCCUUUGGUCUCACUCAGUCCAUGGCCAACGGCGCAAGUGAUGUCCUCAAGGGUAGCAGUCGCUUGACCGAUUCUAACCACCAUGUCGCUCCUGAAAAGCGUUCCACGAAAGAUGCCAUGUACGAGGAGAAUUUAGUAUCAGAGGAAACAUGUCAAGGACUCGGCCAAACCCAUUCUGUAGAGAGUUCAAGUCAAGUAGCUGUCUCUGUUAAAUCUUCAGACUUGAAAUCUGUCCCCAGGAAAGGAUUGAAGGAUUUCUGUUGUGAAAUAUGUGGUCGGACUUACACAACCACAUCAAAUCUGAACAAGCACUAUCGCACACAUACAGGUGUUCUCUACUUCUGUAGCCUUUGUCAGAAAGGUUUUAGAUAUAAAGAGAGUCUAAAGAAACAUGAAAAAUGCCAUACACAAAGAAGGAUUAAGAAUCAUGACUGUGUCUAUCAGUGCCAAUUUUGCCACAAGAAUUUUCCUGACAAACUCAGAUUAAGUAUUCACUUCCGUUCUCAUCCUAUGGAGAAAACGCACAAAUGCAACCAGUGUGAACGAACCUUUCUCUACAAAAGUGGAUUAAGGCGACAUAUGCUUUCACAUGCUUCUGAAAAGGCACAUAUAUGUCCCCACUGUACAAAAAGUUUCUUGACACUUCAUAGUCUGAAGGCACAUAUCAAGACCCAUUCUGGCAAGAAGCCGUUCUCCUGUGACAAAUGUAAAAAGGCUUUUGCUCAGAAGCUUACUUUAAUCGAGCACAUGAAAUUACACGAGGACACUAGAUCUUAUAAGUGUAGCUACUGUGGAAAAGGUUUCCAUCAGCGAUCAACACUGUGGGGACAUGAGAAGCUACACAAGCGUGAGAAGGUUCACAGAUGCAGUAAAUGUGAGGAACAAUUUGGGACGUUGAAAGAACUUCGGAGGCAUGAGAAGAAGCAUUGGCUGGAUUCCGGGCUGCACAAAACUGUUGACAUUGAUGGGGAACCUGUCAAGGAUUUGGUGCAAAUUAGGCGAUUUGAAUGUGAUCUCUGUGGGGAAGCGUUCACCCAAAAGGCAGUGCUGCAAACACACUACAGGAGACAUACGGGCGAAAAGCCAUUUAAAUGUAAUGUAUGUGGCAAACAAUUCAGACACUUGGCAUCCAGCAAGAGACAUGGUUUAAUCCACAAAGGUAUCAAACAGUAUCAUUGUGAUAUUUGUGGUAAAUCAUUCACCAAGAAGUCCUACUUGAAGUGGCAUGUCUCCAAGCUUCACUCCACUGUUAAUGACAGCAGACUGAAAGUUUGUGAUGAUACUUGUAAAGGGAAUUUGGAAGCUACAGACUCCCAGUCGGUGACAGGAACUGGCGAUAGGUGGAAUGAGGAUCCAGAUAGUGUGUUAUCACUAGAGGAUUGUGGUGGUAGUGAUAUGGAGUCUGAUAAUCAGAGACCAUUCAGUAGUUUGGAGGAGAAAGAAGGUCAGUGUAGAGAUGAACUGGAGGACUUUACACAAAAACAUGGAUUUGGAUGUCAGAGAAAACAAAGUGAUUGUGAGAUUAACCAGAUGGAGAGUCUGAAUACCCCUGACCAUCCAAGCUCGCAGAUCAUGGAGGGAACAAACGUAAUAGUGUCAUUUCAAGAUGUUUGCGAUGUGCCAAUCAAUGAAGAAUGUGUCCACACAAUGAAUGUCCUGGACCAUGUCAUGCAACUGGCUGAGAUUUCCCAAAGAGAUGUUGAAGAGUGUCAGAUUCAGAUUGAAAAUGUUCCGUUAGGUCAGGCAGCUCCAGGUGAAGGGAGAAGCAUGGAAACCGAUCCAGAUAAGAAUAAAACACUGCUACAUUUAUCUCUUGAUGAUGUAACCAUUGGCAAUCAGAAACCUUCUGCAGUCAAACCCUUUGUGUGUGAAUUAUGUGGACGAAUGUACAGCUCAAACUCGUGCCUUCUGAGACACAAGCAAACUCACCUGAUCUCCAAGCCCCACAAGUGCAAUCUUUGUGACAAGUCCUAUAGCCGACGACCACUCUUACGAGAGCACAUUCAGUUCUCGCACAGUGAGCAGCACAGGGUUCACCAGUGUUCAUUCUGUGAGAAAUCGUUUCCCAAUGCGACCAGAUUAGAAUUGCAUGUCCGUACCCACACACAAGACAAACCCUUCAAGUGCCAAGAAUGCCAGAAGGGAUUUGCAGACUCCAGCAAUCUCAGGAGACAUGAACGCAGUCAUAAGGGGUUGCGAAGACAUAAGUGCCCUCAGUGUGGACAGCUGUUCUCUGAGAAGCCUGCCCUUCAGCGGCAUCAGGCCAGGCAUCAAGGAGAGAAGAACUAUCAAUGUCAGCACUGCACCAAGUCAUUUGUUCUGAAGACGGACUUACAGAGCCACAUCAUCUUACAUAAAGCUGCCAAGGAAUCGGAAUGCUCUGCUUGUGGUUUGACAUUCAAGCGACAAAUCAGCUUCAAUCUUCAUCAGGCUACCACCAAGAAAAGUGCCAGGAAAUGCAGGGUGUGUGGCAUGGGAUUUGCGAAUGAAUGCAAGAGACGCCAACAUGAACUCAAUGAGCAUAAGUUUAUUAUCAAUGACUCAGGUUUUGUUUGUGGGUGCUGCGGGAAGAGUUUUGAUAGGCUCGGUAAAAUGGUGAACCAUAUAAGAGAGCAUUAAUGAAAUGUCAAAGUUUUAGACCAGUUAGACAAUUACCUUUGAAAUUUCCGCAAAUUGUGGCUGGGGAGGGGUACUUCACAAUUUGAAGUUGUUUUUUUCUCACUGAUAGUUAUAAACUUAUAUGAUGCAUAUUAAACCCAAGACCCAAGACCUGUCUACUUAGAUUUUGUGCUCUAGUCUUCAUUCGUCCAAAUUUUUUUUCUCUCUGUUAAAGGAGAAUGAAACUCUUGGAGCAAGUUAGUUUUUGUGAAAGCAGAAAAAUCAAAGAAUAAGAUCAACAAAAGUUUGAGUAAAAUAGGACUAGCAAUAGAAGAGUUAUGAGCAUUUGAAUGUCGAGAUCACUAAUGCUAUGGAGAUCCUCCCAUUGGCAAUGCGACCAAGAUCUAUGAUGUCACAGAUGAACAACUCUCCCCUUUUGGACACUGAAAAUAUACCCCAAAACAUCUCUUUUUGCUCAUUCUAAUCAUAUGACAAACGAUUCAUCAAUGAUAUAAUGUUGUGAAACCUCUGUACUUGUCCCCUCAUAAAGAGAACACCUCACCUUGUGAUAGACUCUAUAAAAGUGAGAAUAUAAGUGAAAUAAGUACUAAAGUAAUGAGGGAGUUGUACGUGUGUGACAUCACAGAUCUUGGUCGCAUUGCCAAUGGGAGGAUCUACAUGGCAUUAGUGAUCUCAAUAUUCAAAUGCUCAUAACUUUCUUAUUAUUCAUUCAAUCUUCCUCAAACUUUCAACAAUAUGUUUCUUUGAUUUUUGUCUCACCUGCAUAGCAGAGUGAGACUAUAGGGGCCGCUUUUCCGACGGCGACGGCGGCGGCGGCGUCAACACCAAAUCUUAACCUGAGGUUAAGUUUUUGAAAUGACAGCAUAACUUAGAAAGUAUAUGGACCUAGUUCAUGAAACUUGGCCAUAAGGUUAAUCAAGUAUUACUGAACAUCCUGCCUGAGUUUCAUGUCACAUGACCAAGGUCAAAGGUCAUUUAGGGUCAAUGAACUUAGACCAUGUUGGGGGAAUCAACAUCAAAAUCUUAACCUAAGGUUAAGUUUUUGAAAUGUCAUCAUAAAUUAGAAAAUAUAUGGACCUAGUUCAUGAAACUUAUACAUAAGGUUAAUCAAGUAUCACUGAACAUCCUGCAUGAGUUUCACGACACAUGACCAAGGUCAAAGGUCAUUUAGGGUCAAUGAACUUUGGCCGAAUUGGGGGUAUCUGUUGAAUUACCAUCAUAACUUUAAAAGUUUAUGGAUCUGAUUCAUGAAACUUGGACAUAAUAGUAAUCAAGUAUUACUGAACAUCCUGUGCAAGUUUCAGGUCACAUGAUCAAGGUCAAAGGUCAUUUAGGGUCAAUGAACUUUGGCCAAAUUGGGGUAUUUGUUGAAUUACCAUCAUAACUUUAAAAGUUUAUGGAUCUGAUUCAUGAAACUUGGACAUAAUAGUAAUCAAGUAUUACUGAACAUCCUGUGCAAGUUUCAGGUCACAUGAUCAAGGUCAAAGGUCAUUUAGGGUCAAUGAACUUUGGCCAAAUUGGGGUAUUUGUUGAAUUACAGCCAUAAAUUUUAAAGUGUGUUGGUCUAGUUCAUAAAACUUGGACAUAAGUCUAGAGUAAUCAAGUAUCACUGAACAUCCUGUGCGAGUUUCAGGUCACAUGAACAAGGUCAAAGGUCAUGUAAGGUCAAAGAACUUUGGCCACGUUGGGGGUAUUUGUUGAAUUGCCAUCAUAUCUCUAUAAGUGUAUUGGUCUAAUUCAUAAAACGUGGAAAUACGAGUAACCAAGUAUCACUGAACAUCUUGUGCGAGUUAUAGUAGUUUUCAAAAUCAGCACUGCUGCUAUAUUGAAUCGCGUGAUGCAGGUGAGACGGCCAGAGGCAUUCCACUUGUUCUCUUUGAUAUGGAUUCAGCUGGUUUCAAGGGUUUCAUUCUCCUUUAAUCAAAAAAGUCAUAAGCCAAGGGUGAUGAUCCCUGCUCCUGAUUGUAUUCCAUGUCCAUAUGCAGAACUAAGCAAGCCAUGAGAUUAAAAGUUUUAUGUUGGAAAUUUUUGUGUUUCCAUGUUGGUGAUUUUUCAAUCUGUUGUGCUUUAAGAAUAAAUAAAGGUACCU